UCCACCGUGCAAGGUGAGCAGAAAACAAUCGGAAAUUUAAAAAAAAACGUCGUUCAAACGGUUUGAAAACCCAAGUUCUGGCAGACGUUUUAAACAAUGUCAAAUCAACAAACGGAGGGCUCGUUCGAAAACCCUUGCCCGCGAAAUUAUCAACUGGAACUGUACCAAUAUGCGAGUCGUGAAAAUACUGUCGUGUACCUUCCGACGGGCUCGGGCAAGACAAUGAUCGCUGUACUGCUCAUACGAGACAUGGCACCUCAAGUUAAAAAGCCGUUGACAGAAGGCGGACGUCGUAUUAUUUUUCUUGUACCGACGGUCAUUUUAGCUAAGCAGCAAGCCAGCUAUAUCCGCCGUCAUACGUGCCUGGAAAUUGGCGAAUAUUAUGGGGAACUGGGCGUCGAUCUAUGGAGAGGAGAUCGGUGGACAAAAGAGUUGGAUAAAAACAACGUUUUGGUUAUGACGGCUCAGCUUUUCGUCAACGCAGUACAUCAUGGCUUCAUUAGAAUUGACAGUAUCGCUCUGUUGGUAUUUGACGAGUGCCAUAGAGCUGUGAAAGACUCGCCCAUGAAGCAAGCGUUAACCGUAGUGAAUGAAACCUGGGAGAGCAACGGAGCAAAACCAGCACCGCGCAUAUUGGGUCUGACUGCCGCCCUUUUUUUGGAAAAAUGCAAGCCAAGGACUGUGUCAAAAAUCAUCAGACAGCUAAAAACUAACAUGAAAGCUUGCAUUCGUACGGCGGAUCCACACAAGAUUGAAGGAUACUCGACAAAACCGAUAGAAAUCAUCUGUGAAUAUUCAUUGACAAAUGCGGAGCAAUCCAAGACAGACUGGCUUUUAUCAGAAAUUCACAAAUUGUUGGACGGUUGCGUCGUGCAGUUGCAUAAAGACUUGAACAAAAAUGCAGCAUGUCCAGAAGAACUGAUUAAUAUCAUACGAGAAAUCAAAGUUCUGACUACAAUUUUUGGUCCAUACGGUACUAAUCACACAGUAUCAAUUUUUACCAAAGAAAUCAAACGGCUAGGAUUUCAAUCAGUUAAAGUCAUGCAAAAAGGAUUCUUUCAGUUAGUGCUCAAUGUGUUAGAGAAAAUUGGAAACGUAUGCGACCAAGCUUUCGGUUCGCUUAGCCUACUCGACCGGCUCCGUCUUUUCACAACCCCGCAUGUUACGCGCUUGCUGGAUAUUUUGCGCCGCUUCGGCCCUCAACCAUCUGGCCAGUACAUCCCGCUAUGCAGCAUUGUAUUUGUCGAUCGCCGGUCUUCUGCCAACGUUUUGUAUCACAUACUUCGAGCUGCGAGUAAAUGCGAUCCGGAGCUUUCCUACUUAACACCACUGUUUACGAUGGGCCAGGCUUCAGGAAAGCCCAAAGGCAAAAUGAAGGAAGCCAAUCACCUGAAUCAAAGCCAAACUCAAAUCAUCCGGGGAUUCCGAGAUGGCAGCUGUAACCUUCUGGUGGCUACCUCCGUACUUGAGGAGGGCGUUGACGUUCGAGCUUGUAAUCUGGUGGUUCGCUUUGAUGGAAUUAAAACGUAUUGCGAUUACGUUCAAUCCAAGGGCAGAGCUCGAUCGCCGAAGGCAUUUUACAUAAUGAUGGUACCGGAAAACAACUUGGAUGAUUUUUUAGACACGUUGUCUGGUUUCCACUCUAUCGAGCAAUCAUUGCAUAACCCGUCCUCCCUCACACUGUCCAGCGUGACGGAGGAUGAACCAGUCGACCGACAAAUUGAAGAAUACUGGCAGACCAGAAUACCUUAUUACUGUCCAGUGCCCAAUGGACCCCGGAUUACUCUUUUAAGUUCUAUUGGAUUAAUAAAUUGGUAUUGCGCUUCUUUGCCGUCAGGAGGAUCUCCGACAGCACUCCUUCCAUAUUGGACAAUGCUUGAGAUUGGUCUUCAUAACUGGAGGGAAUUGGACGUGAAAUAUGUUGAUCAUCUACGUGGGACGUCAAGCAAAUUUCCUCUUUACCAGUGCCGCAUAUUGUUGCCACUGAAUGCGCCGUUGAGAGAAGAAUUAAUUAGCAAAGUCAUGCCUUCAAAACGUUUGGCCAGACAAGAAGUAGCUCUUCAGGCUUGCAUCCGUCUUCACAAACUUGGCGAAUUAGAUGACCAGCACCUGUUGCCUCUGAGUAAAAGUAUCCCCAUCGCGGAGGAAGACGAUGACAUCCAUGUCAAUUGCGACUCAAAUAAUCCGCAAGAAAAUGAUUUCUAUCCUAGAGGAAUUGCUAGCCUCUUUGAUCAAAAACUUGUGCCUCCUUACUACCUUUACUUGAUCACGUACGAACUGGUGGAUAGUUCGGAUGCUGUUAGGCAAGAAGAUGUUUUCAAUCCAAACUUUGCAGAACGACGUUUAGGAUUUCUGACGAGUCAAAGGCUACCGCCAAUCAAUCCGUUCGGACUGUUCUCUCCUGCGGGCCAGUUUAAUGUCGGAUUUAAAGAAAUUGAUAACCACCAACAGUUGAGCGACGUUGAUGUUGAAUUAUGCCAUCGAUUUCAACAGUUCAUCUUCGAAAGAAUCCUCGAAUUGACGGAAGAUGAACAGUACAAUCGCGAAACAUGUAGCUACCUGGUGGUUCCAAUGAAUUCAGCAGACAAUCAAAUAGAUCUGGAUUUCAUACGUUACCAAUUGGACUCCUCAGCCCCUGACUGGCAAUGCCAUUUACCAGGGGAUAAAAAUUUUCAUCAAGUUUAUCACGAUGCAGUCGUUAUUCCUCAGCAUGACAAAGCGAAAGAAAAAUCGUCUUAUUACUACGUCAAUACCAUUUGCCGCAACCUAACGCCAUUAUCACCUUUCCCUAAGCAAGCCUUUUCUACUUACUUUGACUAUUACCGUGAUCGCUAUGGCACCCAGAUAACGAAUCUCCAGCAAUCGCUUCUAGAGGUCACCAAGGAAUCGUUAAAAUCAUUGAAUUUCCUGACGCCUAAGUACGUGAACCGCAAAGGAGCUUCGGAAAAUGACGCGAAACUAAAAAGAAUCAUCCAUUUUAUUCCGGAAUUAUGCCACGUCCACCGCUUCCCUGCGUCCAUGUGGAGGCAAACUGUUUGGAUACCUUCGAUAUUUUAUCGACUUAACUCGUUACUAUUGGCUGAUGAAUUGAGGAUAGAAAUCCAGAACGAAACGGGCCUUGGGCAUGAAUUGCCGUUUUUACAUUCAGGUUGGGAACCUCUUGAAAUCAGGACAAACUCGUUAGAUGACGUGGUGAAAAACAUUGGCAAUGAUUUUGGCACGAAGAUCCCAUUAGUCAGGGAAGCUGCGUUUGGAAAGCAAAACGGUUUCAGCCUAGACCAUUCGACACCGUCAGACGCUAUAGAAGAUGAAAUCGAUUUGAAACAUUCCUUGUGGAACGUGGAUUUGUUCCUUUCGGAGAGAAAUACUAAUUCUAUGAAGGCCGAAAAAUUUAAGCCUAACAGUAAUCAUCAUGUGAAUGAUGAAGAUCCAUUUACACCCACUGUAAAGGUACAAGAUGUCCACUUCGAUGACGUCUUUACAAAGACUUCAACUGGUCCGUCUCCUGGCGAACUGUUACAAGCACUUACCACAUCGGUAGCUAAUGCCGGUUUUAAUUUGGAACGUUUGGAAGUCAUCGGUGACUCUAUUUUGAAAUUAGCAACCAGCAUUCGCAUCUACUGCGAAUCCCCUAGCAAUUUCCAUGAGGGAAAAAUGACCCUUUUACGCAUCAACCAAGUGUGUAAUGCAAAUUUAUUCAAAUUGGGGAAAAGCAAAUCCAUUCCCCGGUUUAUGGUUGCCACUAAAUUUUUACCAAAAGAAAAUUGGCUCUCUCCCUGCUAUUUUCCCAACAACAUUGACAGCGAUAUGGAAAGCUUGGUGAAACCUAACGGUAAAUUAUGGCAGAGAAUUAGGAAGAAAACUAUAGCGGAUUCGGUGGAAGCAUUGUUCGGUCUUUACCUUGCACAUCACGGAAUAAAAGGAGCCCUAAAGGUCAUGCGGUGGAUGGGGGUCAAUGUUCCAGAUCCCGGCGAAGGCUCCUUUUCCUUCGGUGGUUCUCCACCACAUCCUUUGUUAGCUGACUUUCCCCAGGCUGAAAACCAUCUUGAAGACCAUCUUGCGGGUUUCGAUGCUCUGGAACGCAGCAUUAACUACACUUUCCGCAACCGUUUUUAUCUACUUCAAGCCUUUAGCCAUGCGUCAUACCAUAACAAUCGGAUGACCAGUUGCUAUCAGCGUCUUGAAUUUCUAGGCGAUGCCGUCUUUGACUAUCUGAUUACUAAAUACCUGUACGAGACACGUCUGUUUCAACUCACGCCCGGUGCACUUAGCGACAUGAGAUCGGCGUUAGUAAAUAAUGUCACUUUCGCCGUCUUGGCCGUACGCAAUGGAUUCCAUCGGUUUUUAAAGCAUAUGGUCCCCAACAUGCAUCAGUCGAUCGACGGUUUCGUUCAACAGCAGGAAAUGUGUGACCAUGCCAUCCCUGACGAGUUUACCCUGGUAGGGACAGCAGACGAUCCAAUGGCCGAAGACACUGAAGUGCCCAAAGUGUUGGGUGACAUUUUUGAAUCGUUAGUCGGCGCCGUCUUUCUCGAUUCAGACAUGUCUUUGGAUGUGGUUUGGCGAAUUUUUUAUCCGUUUAUCCGUGACGAAAUUGAGGCUUGCACUCGAACAGUUCCGAAAUCUCCCAUCAGGAAACUUCACGAAAAAUAUCCCGGCAAAGUGGAAUUCAAGAGCCUCGAAAAACUACCAGACGGUCGUGUUUGUGUAGGAGUGGAAAUUAUGAACAAUGGCCAAUUGUAUAAAGCGGUGGGUAGAAAUACUCGUAUUGCUAAAAACACUGUUGCCAAGUAUGCCAUCAGUCUGCUUGAAAACUGAUUACGACUUCGUCUGCACAAAGCCUCAAUGUGGAGAUUGUGCACGAAUUUCACUCGUUACGUUGGCCCAGAAUUCUAUUUUCGGUACCAAUUUGUUACCCCUACCAGUGACCUCAAGUGUAUGUUAGACAUCCAAUAGACGAAAGCGGCCAAUAGGCAUGGAGGACAAACUUUUCACCCAGGACAGAAAACGAGCCAUGGAUUUUUUUAUCGCCAUAAAAACGUUUUUUGGGAACGUCAUCCACCUGACACGUCACACAAAGCCACGCCAAAAUUUCCUACAAUGAGGACAACUGCAAGGCAGACGAAAUCGGAAAGCAGCCGGAAGUCUAAGUGACCCUUCAGGUAUUCUUAUCGACAGGUCAACUCUUCACCAUAUCACGUGAACCUUAGCAUGG